AUGUUCUAUACUAAAGUUGUUUGCCUAUUAGCAGCUAUCCUAGUCAUAGCCUAUACACCUGCAGCCACAGGAGAAGGCACCUGCGACGACUGUUUGGGAAAAGGUAUGCUCGAGCUCAUGGACAAAUUGGAGCAGAAAAGGGAUUGCUGGUUCAAUACCAACCAUCAUAUCCUCCUUAGAUUGAAAGUUAUUAAUUUCGAAUGCCUAUUGGAAACUUUUUAUGCGAUAUUGAAGUACAAUAAUGAAGUCAUAAGGGAGGAAUGCAAGAGAGAAGUCCAAUUAAACAAAUGUUCCAUGAGUGAUGCGGAUUUGAAGACAAUAUGUCUCUAUGACAAUCUGAGGACAGUUACCGAAACCUAUAACGAUCAGGAGCAGUGUAAUGGUGCACAAAUUAAAUCUUCACAUUUGACGAUAGCAAACAAAUUGCUGACUGGUGUACUCACAGGUUUGGGAAAGGUACAUCCAGACUGCUAGAAGAAGUUGUUGUU